UCAAACGAAGACCGUCAGUCGUGCCACAGCCAGCACAGCUAAGAGAACCCGGCAGUACCUGUCAAAACAAACUUUUUGUUUCCUUAGCGCUCAGACCAACCAGACGAUAAAAACCAGGAUGGCGAUCAAGAUGGCAGUUUGCACGUUGGUCAGUUUGUUCUUGAUUAUUGAAACCUGCUGGGCUUUCCCCAACGGUGGACCCAUCGACGCUUGCGUCAAGGCUCAACCCAAUCGACCAAAUCACGGAGGAACUGAGCCGCAAUCUCCAAGCACCAAUCCUUUCAUCGUUGAAGCUUCCAGUGAUUACUACAGACCUGGCGACAAAAUCACAGUGACCAUCCACGGACCCAAGUCCGCUUUCAAGGGAUUCUUCUUCCAGGGCCGCGACCCUAAGACCCAGGAAUGGAUCGGUGUUUUCGAGAAGAACCCCGACGUCAAGUCGUACUCCGAGUGCUCGGCUGCCACUCACACAGACAAUGACCCCAAGGAGACGGUUACUCUCUUGUGGCACGCACCUGACGCCGUUGGUCAAGUCUACUUCAUUGGAACCGUCUUACAAAACUACAAGACAUUCUGGUCGGACAUCGUCGCCCGCGUUCCCCAAUAAAAAUAAAGUUUAG